ACGGAAAUGAUGUUUGUCACGUGACUUUGUUGUGAACGAAGACGCGGCGUGCUCCCACCAAACGUUCUAAAUAGCACACACCGGACAUUUCCUUCAGGAAGAGUUUUAACUUUGACGACGUUCCGAGUAACACUUUACACCCCGCACUAAAGCUAGCUUAUCCGGUUGCUUGUUACCGGAAGUCCCUUACUCCCUAACAUGGACACGCGGAGGACAGACAGAGACGUGUGUGUAUGAGGACAGUCCCAGCAUGUGUAGCGCUUUCCCCACUCCACUUUACUCCCACGUGGGACGCGGGGACUUUCGGGACGUUUAUGAACCCGCGCAGGACUCGUUCCUGCUGAUAGACGCGCUGGAGAAAGACGCAGAGAGGCUGCAGAGGAUGAGCCCGUGUGUCUGUCUGGAGGUGGGAAGCGGUUCCGGUGUCGUGUCUGCUUUCCUGGCAUCAGUGGUCGGACCGUCAGCUGUUUACAUCUGCACUGAUGUGAAUCCUGCAGCAGCUGGUUGCACGGCAACAACAGCUUCCUGUAACAGUGUUUCACUGCAGCCCGUCCUCACAGACCUGGCAGAGAGCCUGAUGCCGAGGUUGUGUGGGCUGGUCGAUGUGAUCCUCUUCAAUCCCCCCUAUGUGGUGACACCUUCUGAAGAGGUGGGGGGCAGAGGCAUAGAGGCUUCCUGGGCUGGUGGAGAACGAGGCCGAGAGGUGACCGACCGUUUCCUCCCAGCAGCAGCUCAGCUUCUGUCCCAGAGAGGCCUGUUCUACCUGGUCACCAUCGCUGAGAACCACCCAGAGGAGAUUGUGGAGCUUUUGGGCCAGCGUGGACUAGAGGGAGAGCUGUGCUCGUCCACCAGAGCAGGAAACGAACGUUUGUCCGUCCUUCGCUUCAGCAGGAGACAAACGUGAAGCGAUGAAUCCUCACAAAUGUUUCCAUCAUCGCCCAGCAGCACCGACCCACUGGAAACCAGCUCCAGAGCUGCAGGGAACGCCCGGUGCUCCGCCUCCCUGAUCCGAUCCGAUAGAGACUCUUCUGUGUCUCCAACCAUCACGGGGACGGCCUCCUGCACUAUGAUGGCUCCUGCGUCCACCUCCUCCUGCAGAAACGGGGAGACUCUGGUCGGACUCUGGCACGGUUCUGAUUUAACCAGAAACUAAUAAACAUGUAAAGCACCAGAA